UUGAAACCUUUUUUAGCUAUUGCGGCUUCCGUAAUGUGACAACAGAAGGUCAAUCAUGGCAGCCUGCACGAGAGGGCUCAAAAAUCUUUUGACUUCGAUCAAGUUUUGUCGUACUUUGCCGUUUCAAGAUGAGAGGUUUUUGUGUACGUCUGCGCUUCGUUUCGCCAAUAACGAACCGCCUAAAUUCGUCCCUCCAUCCAAACCGGUUAUAAUAAACAAAACGCAGACGACAGCGUCAACGCGAAGAUUUCUGAGUCCAGAGUUUAUUCCUCCCAGGGGGAGAACAGACCCCUUUAAGUAUUUCAUGGAGAGGAGGGACAUGGUUCGCAGGAGGAAGGCGCUCAAUAUUCCUGAAUUCUACGUGGGAAGCAUCCUUGCAGUGACCAUGGCUGAUGCCAAUGCCAGUGGAAAAACGAACCGCUUUGUUGGAAUCUGCAUCCAGAGAGGCGGGAGAGGGCUGGGUGCAACAUUUGUUCUCAGGAACAUACUUAAUGGUCAAGGAGUGGAGAUCUGUUAUGAGCUGUACAGCCCUCGCAUUCAGACAAUCGAAGUCUUGAAAUUGGAGAAAAGACUUGAUUCCAACCUGAUGUACCUGAGAGAUGCACUGCCUGAGUACAGCACAGUGGACCCAGAAAUGAAGCCUGUGCCUUUCUCCCCAACUGGAGAGGUGCCCGUCAACAAGUUGAAAGUAAAAAUGUGUCCAAAGCCGUGGUCCAAACACUGGGAACGGCCGCAGUUCGCCAUCCAGGGCAUCCGCUUCGACCUCUGCAUGACACCGAAACAGAUGGAGUUUGUGCAGAAGAAGUAUGCUAAACCGUGGGAGGAGUAUGACAUGCUGAAGGAGUACGACACCUCCAAACUGGAGGAGCAGAUCCUCGCCGAGGUCCAGCAGGAGAUGAACAAGUGAAAGCCAUCUUUCUUUUCAGUUUGGCCAUUUGCUCAAAGUAAUAAGGACUGAAAAACCAGCUUCAGUGGUUUUUUUUAAACCAAUAGGAGGAAAUGUGGACAAUUGUUCUUUAUUCUUGCCAUGUGUUUUUUAUUUUUUCCAUCAAUUUGUUUAAUGUUUUUCAAUGGGUUUAAUAUAAUACCUGUCAAACUGUCUGAGCUUUGAAUCUUUUCACCCAACAUCAUGGUACACUCUUCUCUCCAAUUUAUCUUUUAAACUGAUAAUAAACACAGAUUCAUAAAUCCUCA